CUAAUCGCUGGUACGAAGCACAACUGCACGAGAGCUUUUCCUCGCGAUUUCCAGCGCCGCCGCCCGCCGCGCCGCCUUCUCUCGCCUCUAGGGUUCCGCCGUUUUCCGCGGCGCGCCACCGCCGCCGCGGCGCCGCCCGUCACCGCAGGAGCCGGCAAUGAAGCGUCCACCGCCACGCGAAGACGGCGCUGGAAGCGGAGGAGGAGACGGGGCCAAGAAAGGGAAGGGGAGGUGGGGCGGCGGAGGGAGGAGGCGGAACGAGCAGCGGCUGGGGAGCGGCGGCGGCGGCGCCCUGUCCCUCGCCGCCUUCGCCUACGCCAAGUCCAGGAACACCGGCUACAACCCGGCCCUCAUCAAGAAGCAGAAAGAGUUCUACAAGAAUGCUAAAUUGAUUAGCAAGUACAAGAGGUCAAAGAAGCAACAAAAUCAGUCAAGCAAUCCUCCACCAUUUCCAAUUCCAAAGGAAGGAGGUGAUGAUGCAAACAAUGCAUCAAAGCUGCAUAGCAAGAAGAAGAAGCGCGUUGCACCAAGCUUAAACGAAGAGUAUGAGAAAAAACGGGCAGAGGAUGAGAAGGCAAAGAAGGAGCGGGAAGCGAUAAUUCAGGCAAAGAGGGAGGAGCGGGAGAGGUCUGAAGCAAGGCGGAGAGAUUUAAGGGAGAAGAUGUUCAAGAAAACAAGAUCUGGGCAGCCUGUGAUGAAAUACAGGAUCCAGCAUCUGUUGGAGACUGCAUUAGAAAGCUCAAACAAGUAAAUGUUGCUACAAAAAUGCUGUACUGAUUGCUAUAAGCAAAUUUUGUAGAUCAAUGCAGUGACCUGUUUGUUUCAACUGGCUUCUGUAACUCUAGCACUCUACCAUGUAAAUCUUUGGUGAUUUUCAUUUCCAUGCUGAUGGUGCACGCACUUUUGGUUUCUCUCUCAUACGAUGCAAGAUGAUUGGAUAAUAAAGAAACAGAGAUGACUGGAUUGCCAGUGA